CGUGCAAUGCACGUGACUGCGAGGUGCUCUUCGUUUUAAUGUUGAUUCCUACACCAACUAUCAAAUUUCACAUCGAGGAACUCAUAGCUUCUGAAUCCAAAUCUCCACUCUCAGGCGUGCUAGGGUUUCGUUUCUUGCCAUCACUUAUUGAGCGACACUCCGAGGUGGUCUUCAAUUCCUGUUGGUUUUGUAAUUUGUAGUGAAUUGUAAACAGCCAUGAAUUACCUUAUUGGAGCUUUCAAACCAGCGUGUAAUAUUUCAAUUACGUUUACUGAUGGAAAGACUCGCAAGCAGGUUCCAUUGAAGAAAGAAAAUGGUCAAACUGUAAUGGUUCCACUUUUCCAAAGUCAAGAAAAUAUUUCUGGGAAGGUUUCAAUAGAACCAGCUCAAGGGAAGAAGGUUGAACACAAUGGUGUGAAAAUUGAGCUGCUUGGUCAGAUAGAGAUGUAUUUUGACAGAGGCAACUUCUAUGAUUUCACUUCCCUUGUACGUGAAUUGGAUGUCCCUGGAGAAAUAUAUGAAAGAAAAACAUAUCCCUUUGAGUUUUCUACAGUUGAAAUGCCAUAUGAGACAUACAAUGGGGUCAAUGUGAGGCUCAGGUAUGUUUUGAAAGUGACUGUCAGCCGUGGUUAUGGUGGAAGCAUAGUUGAAUACCAAGAUUUUGUGGUUCGUAACUAUACCCCAGCUCCACCAAUUAACAAUAGCAUCAAGAUGGAAGUUGGAAUUGAAGAUUGCCUACACAUUGAGUUUGAAUACAAUAAAAGCAAGUAUCAUUUGAAAGACGUUAUCAUUGGAAAGAUAUAUUUUCUUCUUGUAAGGAUUAAAAUUAAGAAUAUGGAUCUUGAGAUUAGGCGCAGAGAAUCAACUGGUUCAGGGGCCAAUACACAUGUUGAAACUGAGACACUAGCUAAAUUUGAGUUGAUGGAUGGGGCUCCUGUUAGAGGUGAAUCAAUUCCAAUCAGACUAUUUCUUAGCCCUUAUGAGCUGACACCAACUCAUCGCAAUAUUAACAACAAAUUCAGCGUGAAGUAUUACUUGAACCUUGUUCUAGUUGAUGAGGAGGACCGUCGGUAUUUUAAGCAGCAAGAAAUUACAAUUUACCGGCUACAAGAAACUUCCUAAUUAAUUGUUGUAGAUGAAAUUGGCAUUUCAUCCUUGUGAGAAGAGAAUAGAAGAUUAACUGCUUAAAACCUUGUAAAUCUUGGAAGUGUAGGACACAAUUGCUGGAACGAGGAUCGCCAUUCAUACAAUGGCUUGUAUACUUGCUUGGUUGGUUUUUUUUCCCAUAUUUCCUGUUAUUUUCAUGGCUAAGGUGGUAUGGGGGGAGAAUUCUAUAUUGCUGUUUCCAUGGGCUUAUCAGUGGUCCCUCUUUUGAUAUUUGAUAUUGUCACUUAUCAUUGCAACAUUAUCCUGCAUUCUUAAGACUACAGAGUCGUGGUUCUCCCCUAGAAUGCCAUGAUCACUUUACAGUCCUGUUCAUUUGUUCAGUGCUACUAUGUUUUCUCUUUUUGCAGUUGUCUGGAGCAUGGCGAUAAUUUUAUAUUAUUGUAGAGGAUCCUUCUUCCUUUCUUUC